UCACUUGUUCUUCCCUUCGUCCUUUUCCAUCUAAGAAGAUGAGUUUGUCCUUGAUCAGAAACACUCUCCAUGCGCCCGUCAUUUUACCAACACUUACCCCGCGUGUCUCCCCAGCCAUCGCUCGAUGUAUCUCUACAUUUCCGUUGGGUCGUGCAACAUCCUCCUCAACGCACACUGCCCGACUUAUUGGUCCUCAAAUAGGGGUGUAUCAUUUCCAUUCCUACUCCCACCGCCAAACUCCAAGUAUUGAGGAACAGGUCCCAGUUCAGCUUGCUUACGAGGUCGUUGAGCCUCCGAAUCCUUUUUCUGAAGCUGUCGGGCAGAGUCUUGUCAUCUGCCAUGGUUUAUUUGGAUCGAAACAAAACUGGAGAUCACUGGCAAAAGCCUUUGCUGUAAAGCUGGGUAUGCCUGUAUACACUCUGGAUCUUCGCAAUCAUGGGCAGUCUCCGCAUGCUUCACCGCACAGUUACUCAGCGAUGGCUGCGGAUAUACAUCAUUUUCUUGUAUCCCACAAGCUUACUUCCGGCGUUAAUUUGCUCGGACAUUCCAUGGGCGGCAAAGCGGCUAUGGCCCUAGCAUUGAAUAGUGAUCUUAACAGCCCUUUACGGUCACUGAUCAGUGUGGACAUGUCCCCUGCUAAGGGGAAAAUCUCUCCCGAGUUUGCUUCGUACAUAAAUGCAAUGAUGGACAUUGAAAGGGCUCGAGUCAAAACAAAGCAGGAGGCCGAUGUUAUUCUACAAAAGACUGAGCCUGUUCUCGCUAUUCGCCAGUUUCUCCUAACCAACACUCGCCUUUCGAAGAGCCCUUCUCCACACCUCACCUUUCGCAUUCCUUUGUCUCUGCUCUCAGCUGCCAUACCUCAAAUUGGGGACUUCCCUUACUCUCCCCCACCUCCUGUCAGUUCCGAAUCACCUCAAUGGAACGGUCCGGUCCUUUUGAUAAAAGCUGAACAGUCAAAAUACUUGAACAAGCGUAAUAUUCCAGUGGCUGGCAGUUUUUUCCCUCAGAUGAGAUUAGAGGUGCUUGAUACUGGACAUUGGGUGCAUGCGGAAAAGCCUGCAGAGAGCGUCGAACUUGUUAGAUUAUUUGUACAAGGGGUCGUUCAAUAGACCAUCUGCAAUAACAUCAAGAGAUACCGAAGAUGUAUAUUUGUGGGCCUAGUUGAUGCAUUAUUAUGAUGGA